AAGUUGGAGAAGUUGUCCAUUAGUUUCUGCCUUCAAGUGUCCGGCGCUUCGCUCCAGAAGUUGACAAAGAAUUUCAGGACUCUUUCGAUUAACACUAAUGAUAUGACACCCGAUUUAGUGAAAUACGGAGCGUUUGGUCAGCUGACAAAGCUAACGGAACUGGUGUUUGACUGCACGUCACUGAACCUGUCUGACCACGAAUUGGUGAAAAUACUGGAGGGCUGUCAUCAGCUGAAGUCGAUAUUCAUUCGCUACGAACACACCAAAGAUCACAAC